GUGGACGGUGGUGGGGUGGCCAGCGGCACGGCGGAGUCGGGGUGGGAGCUUCCGGACUGAGGUGCAGACCGUGCAAGGGGUGUCUCUGUGCUGGAGAACCAGCCGAAUUCUCCGCCCACUCCUCCCGAGGUUCCUUGUCACCGGCUCCGCGCUGUAUCCUCAUCUGGAAAGAGUUAGUUGCAGCAUCCUCAGGCCCUGCGUUGUAGCCUCCUGAUGAUGGUGGUGAACAAUCAUGUCAUCAGAAUCCAGCAAAAAACGGAAGCCCAAAGUGAUCCGAAGUGAUGGAGCUCCAGCUGAAGGAAAGCGGAAUAGAUCUGACACUGAGCAGGAAGGUAAAUACUAUAGCGAGGAGGCUGAAGUGGACCUGCGGGACCCUGGCAGAGACUACGAGCUAUAUAAAUACACGUGCCAGGAGCUACAGAGGCUGAUGGCCGAGAUCCAGGAUCUGAAGAGCCGGGGUGGCAAAGAUAUGGCAAUUGAAAUUGAAGAACGAAGGAUCCAGAGCUGUGUACAUUUCAUGACUCUGAAGAAGCUUAACCGAUUAGCCCAUAUCAGGUUGAAGAAGGGAAGGGAUCAGACUCAUGAGGCUAAGCAGAAAGUAGAUGCCUAUCACCUGCAACUACAGAACCUGCUGUAUGAGGUGAUGCACCUGCAGAAGGAGAUCACCAAAUGUCUGGAGUUUAAGUCAAAGCACGAAGAAAUAGACCUGGUCAGUUUGGAGGAAUUUUAUAAGGAGGCUCCACCAGACAUCAGUAAAGCUGAAGUCACCAUGGGAGACCCUCAUCAGCAGACCCUGGCACGUCUAGACUGGGAACUGGAGCAACGGAAAAGGCUGGCCGAGAAGUACCGAGAGUGCCUGUCCAACAAGGAGAAGAUUCUUAAGGAGAUUGAGGUGAAGAAGGAAUAUCUGAGCAGCCUUCAGCCUCGCCUCAACAGCAUCAUGCAGGCUUCCCUCCCGGUGCAGGAGUACUUGUUCAUGCCAUUUGACCAGGCUCACAAGCAGUAUGAGACAGCUAGGCACCUGCCGCCUCCCCUCUACGUACUCUUUGUCCAGGCUACUGCAUAUGGGCAGGCCUGUGCUCAUAUGAAAUCCUCCUCCCAGCCCCCUAGACAGGAUAAGACUUUGUCUGUGGCUAUUGAAGGCAGCGUGGACGAGGCCAAGGCUCUGUUCAAGCCUCCCGAGGACUCCCAAGAUGAUGAGAGUGACUCAGAUGCUGAGGAGGAGCAGACCACGAAACGGCGGCGACCCACCCUGGGGGUUCAGUUGGAUGACAAGCGCAAGGAAAUGCUGAAGAGGCACCCGCUAUCCGUCAUGCUUGACCUGAAGUGCAAAGAUGACAGCGUGCUUCACCUGACUUUCUACUACCUCAUGAACCUCAACAUCAUGACAGUGAAAGCCAAAGUGACAACUGCCACGGAGCUGAUCACCCCCAUCAGUGCAGGGGACUUGCUAUCUCCUGACUCUGUCCUGAGCUGUUUGUAUCCUGGGGAUCAUGGGAAGAAAACUCCGAAUCCAGCCAAUCAGUAUCAGUUUGAUAAAGUUGGCAUCCUGACUUUGAGAGACUAUGUACUUGAUCUGGGUCACCCCUAUUUGUGGGUACAGAAGCUGGGUGGCCUCCACUUCCCCAAAGAGCAGCCCCAGCACACAGUGAUCGCUGACCACUCCCUGAGUGCUAGCCACAUGGAAACCACCAUGAAACUGCUGAAGACCAGGGUGCAGUCCCGUCUGGCCCUCCACAAACAGUUUGCAUCCCUGGAACAUGGCAUUGUGCCAGUUACCAGCGAUUGUCAGUACCUCUUCCCGGCCAAGGUUGUCUCUCGCCUGGUGAAAUGGGUGACAAUUGCUCAUGAGGAUUACAUGGAUCUGCAUUUUACCAAGGACAUUGUGGAGGCAGGACUGGCUGGGGAUACCAAUCUCUACUACAUGGCCCUUGUUGAAAGGGGCACAGCCAAACUCCAGGCUGCUGUGGUGUUGAACCCUGGCUACUCUUCCAUCCCGCCCAUUUUCCAGCUUUGUCUGAACUGGAAAGGGGAGAAAACCAACAGCAAUGAUGACAACAUUAGGGCCAUGGAGAGCGAGGUCAAUGUGUGCUACAAGGAGCUAUGCGGCCCCCGGCCCAGCCACCAGCUCUUGACCAACCAACUGCAGCGGCUGUGUGUGCUGCUGGAUGUCUACCUGGAAACGGAGAGCCACGACGACAGUGUGGAGGGGCCCAAGGAAUUUCCCCAGGAGAAGAUGUGUUUGCGACUUUUCAGGGGUCCAAGCAGGAUGAAGCCGUUUAAAUAUAACCAUCCUCAAGGAUUCUUCAGCCAUCGCUGACCUGCUCUGCCUGUUGCUGCCCUGAGUAUUAGGCCUCUGCUUUCGCUUUGGCCACAUGCAGCUCUUGAUAUUUUCUGAAGAUGCUAGCUUAUUAAAGUGUCACCUGAACAAAUAGCCUUUGUUUGUACCUCCUUGGGGAGGUGGUUUUACAAUCUGAAAGGGCAGCUGGGAGCCAUGGCAUAGUGUGAAAGAGGUUUGUAAAGGGUGGCCAAGAAAAGCAAACCACUAGAGAUUCUGAUUCUGUCAAGAGGUGCCAUCCUCUAGUCCGCACACACCUUAUUUGUUUUUGCUUGGGGCAGAGGGUUCCUUAUCAUCUUGGUAUUUAUUUUCUUGGGUCUCAGCUAUUAGCUGGACAAACCAAAGUCAGAGCCCAAAAAGCAAAAGCUCCUCUCCCCUCUGCCCCAACUCUUCACUAGUCCUUUCAUUCUCCAUAGUGACUGGAUUCUCUCUGAUGGAUGCUUUAAAUAUCUGACAAUGCAGUAUAAAUAGAAGACAAAUACGUCAUAGAGCGUAAUUCUAAAUCUUGAAAGAUUUCAUGAAGUCAGUGAGAGUGAUGUUAGAGAAUCACAGGCAGAGCUGCUGGCCAGUGAGACAAUGGCAGAAUGAGACCAGAUAACAUUUGUGGAGAAUCUUCAUGGUAAUAACAUGAAAAAUGCCCCCCAAGAGGAUUUGACUCUUAGGAUUAGGAGAAGUCCUGGGAAAAAUUUUUUUUAAUUACCUCCUUUGUGAUCCUCCAGCAGAAGUCAACAUGAAAGAUGGCACAGGGUAUUCUUGGAUAGUUUUGUCAGAAAAAUUAUACCUCUGCCCCCCCACAACCAAAAAAUCAAUAGUCCCUGAAAGAGAGGCCUAUCAGGGCCCUUUGCUUUAUAGAUGGAAGUUGGAGCCCAGCCAGAGAGAGAAAUGGUACCUUAAGUAACCAUCAAAUGACCACCACUACCUGAGCCUCCCCUUCACCUUGGCCUCCAUAAUUCCUUUGAAUACCAGAGGCAGGUGCUUUCCUGCCCAAAGGCCCUCAGAUUGCACCUGUGUCACCUAGCCUGGGAUCUGAACAGAAGCACUCAUUCCAAGCUCCACUCCAAAUAUUCUGACUCAGUUGACCUGAGAUGGGCCAAGGAAGUAUAUUUUUAACAAGCUCCCCAGGUGCAGUGUGCCCUAGUCUUUUUUUGGAAGACACUGUACUUUCUUAUUUUUCUUGGCGAUUCAAAUAAUGCAGGAGGAUUAAAUUCUCUGAGCAGCUCCCCUCUUUUGUCUUCUGCAGCUGGUUUCCUGUCUUAGGAGCUCUGUGACAGGCCUCUCCUUCAGAAAAUCUUAUUCCUGGGAAACUCAGUAAUCAGCUGAGCAAGAGAAACAAAAAUCAGUCAACAUCUACUUUUACUGAAUGCUUACAAUGGAUACCAAAGUUCAUUGUUGUGGAAGGAAAAAAAAGUUUGAUUGGGAAUAUCACAAAAAAUAAAAUUUAUUUUGUCUUGGU